AUGCUACCUCUGACUACAGAAGGGGAUGAAGGUGAAAAGGGAGACAGAGGAGAAGUAGGCAAACAAGGAAAGGUUGGACCAAAAGGAUCAAAAGGAAACAAGGGACCAGUGGGAGAUGUUGGGGACCAGGGAAUGCUUGGUAAAAUUGGUCCAAUUGGUGGAAAGGGUGACAAAGGAGCCAAAGGCUUACCAGGGGUUUCAGGAAAAAAAGGAAACGCAGGCACGGUCUGUGACUGUGGAAGAUACCGCAGAUUUGUUGGACAGCUGAAUCUCAAUGUUGCCCGUCUUAACACAUCCAUCAAGUUUGUGAAGAAUGUUAUAGCAGGUAUCAGGGAGACAGAUGAGAAAUUCUAUUACAUUGUGAAAGAAGAGAAGAAUUACAGAGAGGCCUUCAUCCACUGCAGGGACAGAGGAGGAUCACUGGCCAUGCCUAAAGAUGAUGCAACCAAUGCCCUGAUUGCUGACUACAUCUCCAGCAGUGGCCUGUUCCGAGCCUUCAUUGGGCUGAACGACAUGGAAAGGGAAGGACAGUUUGUGUAUGCAGACAACAGCCCACUGCAGAACUACAGUAACUGGAAGCAAGGGGAGCCUCAUGACCCAGCUGGUCACGAGGACUGUGUGGAAAUGCUCAGCACAGGAGAGUGGAACGACUCUGAGUGCCAAGUCACCAUCUACUUUGUCUGUGAAUUCCUCAAGAAGAGGAAAUAAAAGUGCCAGAGAAUGCGCCUGGCACCUGCUGUACAUACAAUAAUCCAUCCUCAUUCAUUUAUGGUAGGGAGAUCAAAUCAGGGGUAAGAAACCAGGGACAGGGCUCAAUCCAGCCUUCACAUCACUGGGCUAAGUAAGAGUCAUCAGUGAUCGUCACGUCAGCACAGAUCUGCAGGGGGCCUCCAGCCAGCUGCGAAUUUUUAUUUCAUUUCUACAUGCAUUUUAGGGUCGGCAUUUCUAUGCAUAAUUUAGGGGUAAAUUUAGAGCAUGCAGAAGUGAAUAUAAUUUCACUAGUUCCAGAAAUAGUAAGAUCAUUGGUAUAUGAAGUACUGAUGUGAUUUGCAAAGUCCACAGAUGGAAAGAGCAUGACCUUCAUUAAUCUCUGACUUGCACAGGGAGUCCCAGUAAUCUCCCUAAUGACUUCAGAGCUCAGAGAAAAGAUUUUAAUAUCUCUUGAAAAAUUCCUUCUUUUGUUAGAAUCAUAAUUUGAGAUAGAAAGUAUCUCUGGAGGUCAUUUGGUUAAACCUUGCAUGCAAAGUAGGACCAACUUCAAACUUAGGAUUUGUUAUACUCUCCUUAAUUUGGCUGUGCAAUUAUAUUGCCUGAUAGGCAUUUAUCUGGUCUUCUGUAAAGCCUUUGACACGAUCCUCAACAAUAACAUUCUUUUUUAAUUGGAUAGAUGCAUUCAAUGGGUGGACUGUUAGGUCGAUAAAAAAUUGGUUAGAUGGUCACAUCUGGAGCAUGUUGGUCAAUGGCUCAGAGUCCCAAUGGACGUCAGUGACAAGGGAUGUCCCUCAGGGAUCUGUAGUGGGACCAGCACUAUUUAAUAUCUUCAUUAAUGACAUAGACAAAGGCAUGAAGUGCACCCUCAGCACAUCUGCAGAGGGCACCAAGCUGGGUGCUGCAGCUGACACACCUGAAGGAUGGGAUGCCAUCCAGAGGGACCAGGUUUGAGAAGUGGCUCAAGGGAACCUUAUGAGGUUUAACAAGACCAAGUGCAAGGUGCUGCACUUGAGUUGGGUCAACCUCUGGUAUCGGUCCAGGUGAGGGAUGAACAGAUGGAGAGCAGCCCUGCCCAGAAGGACUUGGGGGUGCUGGUGGAUGGGAGACUGGACAUGAGCUGGCAAAAUGUGCACCCACAGACCAGAAGGCCAAAUGUGUCCUGGGCUGCUUCCAAAGCCCUGUCAUUCUGCCCCCCUAUUUCACUCUGGUGAGGCCCCACCUGCAGUGCUGUGUCAGCUCUGGGGUCCCCAGCACAGAAGGACAUGGACCUGGUGAAGCAAGA